GAACACUUGGCGAAUUGGAGGAAAUUUGUUCAACACCUAAACGCAUAUCUUGUGAGCAAUUAUAUAAAGAGGCCAUACAGUCUGCACGCAGAUACUAUCGUAACCAUCAUGUCUAUCCUUACACUUACCAGGGAAAUUUUUAUAAUCGGCUGUUGAAGUAUCGUGAAGCUUUUGCCGCGUGGGCCAAUGCAGCAGAUGUAAUACGUAUAUAUACGUAUAGUUGCCGUGACGAUGAGGAAAUCUAUAAAGAGCUUUUGGACAUUGCCAAUGAGAUGAUACCGCACGUAAUGAAGACGGAGAGUUCGGGCCAUUCGGGAAGAAGUAUUUUGCGCGAUUCCGAAGCUUUUGCUAAUCUAUUGCGUUUUUAUGAUGGCAUUUGCCAAUGGGAAGAAGACAGCUUAACACCAAUAUUGCAUAUUGGUUGGGCUAAGCCAUUAGUAAAUAAUAUAACGAAAUUCGACUAUGAUAUUAGAUCACAAGUUGUGAUUAACGUCCCUAUAGAGGAUGAAAUUACACAAGCAAAAAAACAAUUGUUCCCAUCACUAACCGAAACAACCUCACUAAAAGUUUUAGAAAAUAUAGUGAGAGAAGUUCAACCGCAUGUUGAAGUUUCCAUAACUGAAACCAAAAGCGAUCAAGAUGGUACUUAUAGUAUGAAUAAUAAUAUCCUUAAAACAGAGGAGAAAGCUCUGUUGGAUGCGAAAAAAUCGGAUAUUACGACUACGCUUGCGGAUUUAACUGCUGCGUGUGGUGAGAAGAUUUUAAACCCUGUUUUUUUAUUACAGGGUGGAGGAGAGCCUUUCGCUGAACAGAAAAAACAGUUGGAACAAGGGCAGAGUAAUCGCAAUAAUAAUGCUGAAAACGGUUUGAAAAUUAUCGCAAAUAAUGAAAAUGAUUCAAGCGUGAAGGCCGAAAAAUCGGAAAACAACACAAAGAAGUUGCAAGAAAGUGAAAGCAUUGUCUCUUCUUCCCUUCCAUCUUCGCCUCCACCCGUUGACAUUUUUGAGUUCAUGAUUAAACGACCCAUUAUUACGCUUUAUAGUCAAAAAAUGAAGGGUCUUAAGGAUCUUCUACUGGCGGAAAAACUAAACACUCAUGCUAUUUCGUUACAAGUAACCGCUCAAUCUGUUGCCAGUAAGAAGGUACGAGGAAUCGAUAAACUUGGAAAUCAUACAACAACUUCAACCUAUGCAACUGCACAUGUACCAAACAAUGUUCCACAACCUGCAAACUUAGCUGAAGGUAAUACCCAUACAAAUGAUAAUGGAGGCCCAUCUUCGUCUAUCGCGGCUGCACGUCCGAAGCGUUCUCGUCGCGAGUAAGUAACGCGACUAAGCCAACUCUGCCUAUCCUAUAUUCAAGUAGAUGUAAUUCGAAAAAUUCAAACGGAUUUCUUCAAAUCAACCUAAGCUGCGGAC